AUCUUGCGGUUUGAUUGGAUGGGGAUGACUUCAUCAUUUAGUAAAUAAGAAAAAAAUAACUCUUUUGAUCAAGAUGACCUCACCUGCGUAGAAUACCAAAAAUAGAAUAAUUAAAUACCUGCAUACGGACCAAAUCUGGUUGUAAUCGAAAUAAGUAAGAAGUAUCGAAGGACUGCAUUGUGAAUCUUGAAAAAAAAAAUGAAGUCAAAAACUAUUACACCAAAUGGUGGCAUGGGUGAAGAAUCCCAUGGGACUGACCAAUGACUAGAUAGUGGUGUGCCGGACACUGGUAACCAUGACAACCAGACCACCUGUUGCCUAGGUAACAGAAUGACCAACAGUGUGAUGGACCUAUCAAAUCACGCUGGACAGGUAGUCGGUAGCGAAUUUGAUGGAGAUGGAUCAGAGGAGAGUUUACAGUGUGAGGAAUUAUCAGAUGCCAGUCCAGAUUGUGGUUGGAUUUUACUGGAUCAGGAUGUCCUGGCAUCACUUCUGAGGAAUGGCCUGGAUAAGAUUCUGCUGAUUGACAGUCGGUCAUUUUUGGAGUACAACGAUUCACGUAUUCAACAAUCUGUAAAUCUCUGCUGCUCUAAACUGGUAAAGCGGAGGCUUCAGCUGGACAAGGUUCACAUCAGUGACCUUGUGACCCAGACCUGCCACAUUGACCUUGAGGAGUACUCGGAUGUGAUCGUGUACGAUCAGUGUACUGAGUCCCCGGAACUCCUGACUGCCGACAACUUCCUGUCCAUUCUGCUGCGGAAACUUGUCAUGUGUUCGACCUUUAACAGUGUAUCCCUCCUCAAAGGUGGUUACCUGGCGUUCCAGGCCAUGCACCCAUCUCUGUGUGAGAACAAGUCCAGCAACAACUACAAAUGUACCCCCCUCACCUCUCUCUCCCAGCCCUGCAUGCCCGUUGCCAACAUCGGCCCCACUCGGAUCCUCCCAUUCCUUUAUCUCGGAUCACACAGAGACGCCAUGUCUCAGGAAACUAUACAGAUAAUUGACAUAUCCUAUGUUUUAUAUACAUAUCACCUAAAUGUCAGCAUCACCUGUCAUGAUAUUUCCAGCAUUCCAGUCAACGACAACUACAGUGCUAAGCUGUUACCAUUCUUCCACCAAGCAUUCCAGUUUAUAGAUAUGGUGAGAGAGGCCAAUGGUUGCGUGAUGAUACACUGUCUGGCCGGCAUCUCCAGGUCCCCCACUCUGGCUAUAGCGUACGUCAUGAAGUAUCUACACAUGUCAUCAGAUGACGCCUACAGGUAUGUGAAGGACAAGCGCCCCACCAUCUCACCAAACUUUAACUUCCUGGGUCAGUUACUGGAGUACGAGAAGUUUAUAAAGCAGGAAGAGGAGGCGGUGAAACAGAGGCGAGACUCAGGGGGAUCGCUCAGCGACGGAAAAUCCACACCUAUCAUCAUGGACCUUCAGACGUGUAGUCCUUCUUCUCCCAUCGCCAAAGUGACAAAACCGUUCUCAUUCGAUACUCAGUGGACCCCUCGCUCCCUCGAAUGUGAUCUGAAGCGCGACACAAACGACAACCUGCCGUUACUGGCCGAUUCCGACACCUGGGACAAUUAUCAAUGUGAAGCAUCGAACAUGGAGACAGACUCCCCCGACAGGAAAAAAUUCAGUGACUCUGAAAUGUUGUGUUGUAAUUUUCUCCCUCCCUCAGAUCCUGCCCCUGUGACUCCUAGUGCUGAGUUACCCCCCUUUCCCUUCGGUGAUUCAACAAUCGGCAAUGGUCACCAGUCUAAUUCACAACAAGACUUAAAAAUUCAAAAAGACUGCAAGAGGAAAUCACCCUCCCCUGCCCCUAAGUCUCCUGUGAGCCGAUCUUUCACCUUAUCAUUAAGUCCUGUGUCUCUUCCCUCAGACGGAGUUAAUUCCUCCAGGGACAGAAAACGAUCUUUGGGAUCCCCCAUGACAAAACCACCCAGUCUGGUGUCUCCUUUGUCGCGAUCUCCCGGAAAAUCCUUUGUCAGGCCGUUCAGUCUGCCCCUGUCUCCUGUUCUCUCCCCGGGGUCACCAGAAACCAGCGAAUCUGCCAACUGCGAUCCUCUCAUCAAGGACUCAUCCAGUCAUCAACAGGAAGUGUCUGCUCAAGGGCAUGAUGGGAAGGUGGCAGCUGUGACGAAACCAUUCUCAUUACCAUUAUCUAGUGUGAAUGUUCCUGAUGCUGUAGACAGUGUUAUUAACCAGCAGAAAAAAUUCAAACAAGAGAGAAACUUCUCCUUACCACUGACAUCUCAGUCACAGAAGGAGGGGUGUCAGUCGGAGCAGACUCCCAAUAAAUCUCGUCCAUUUGUUCUACCCAUAUCACCUCUGGUCUCCUCAGAGAAGAAUUUAUCUGUCCCGGAAAUCACCUCAUCUUCGUCUUCAGGUGCACCGACUCCGGUAAAGAGUCCUUCAAGGUCGUUCACAUUACCGCUGUCAACAGUCAGUCUACAAAAGAAUCAGGGACACAAGCCAGCAAUGGAUUUACCCAGUCCAUGUGUGGAAUUACCUAGUCCAUGUGUGGAUUUACCUGGUCCAUGUAACCCCGAAUUGACGUUGUUACCUAGAGUGACAGAAAAUACAUCGUCAUCAAUGUCAUUUGAUUCACAUACAAGAAAAUCUCAACCCAGACUUGAUCUCAGUUUGUCUAGCAUCAUCUCCGUGUCUCAGUCAAAGAGUUGUGAAACCUCAGGGGCGGCCCUCCCCUCCUCACUUACACGAUCCACCCCUCCAGUUACCUUACCCCAAACCCUGAGUUUACCUUGUAGAGCCUCGGAGCUGCGUAACCAGACAUCUCAGACAAUAUAUUCACCCUCUGCUGCCCUGGCCGACCUACAUUUCAGUCAGUCGAUCCCAGAAAAAGCGACCCCACUGCAACAAUUCCCAUCUACCUCUCUCCACAAGCUUGACUUCACUCCUUGUUUUGCAACAGAAAACAAAACCAAGGAAACUGUGUGUUCAAUGGAUGUUACUUCAGAUCCUAAAGAAUCAGUGGAUUUGACUUCUCCUGUCUCUAGUAGCUCGACCUGCAGUUCAACUGUAACCUCACCACUAGGUCACCAGGUCACUCUGAGAGCGAAAGAAAAUAGGGCAAAGAGACCGCUUAUACGACCAAACAGUAUUGCAUUCUCCAAAUAUCCGACCUUUGACCUUGGGUCAGACUGUCAGGAAUCGCCGAGCUCAGCGAGUAGUACCUCACAGGACGAUUCUGCGGAUACCUAUCUCGUACAAAACGGAAAACGCUCAAAGGCUUCCGAGUCGCACGUGGGACGCUACACAGAGCGGGACGUGUAUCGACAAAUCACGGCAGCGAUGGAAAGUGCAAUGUUCAGAACACAAGUGUACGAGGCGAGUCGUAAAGCGCGUAGUCUGGAUGAUAUGCUAGCUUCAGGAGAAACCAUGUCCGGGAAAUCCCAGGCCUCUGUGUGUUCUCCGUUUGGGAAAUUCCAGCUGCGAUGUGGCUUGGGACCAGAAAGAUUCAAUUCUCCAGGAGCGUUUGAAAACUUGCCAUGUCAUGCAUCAAAGGAUGUGUACCAGUCCAGUAGUAGCAUAUCUUCUAAUGGCAGUCAUGGGUCAUUGCACGGGAGCCUGGAGAUCAUACAGGUCGGGGAGUGUCCUAAAAAGCGAAGGAAAACCUCCGAGAAAUAAUGGGAUGACAAUGGACUUUGAAUCCCACAAUGCAACAAUUGAAAUCAACCAAUGAACAUGAAGAACAACCAAAUAAACCUCAGGAACCUGGCAUUAAGAGACACGCCCACUGGCAUGUGGAGAGCUCCGUGCCUUAUGAAAUCCAGAUUAAAUUAAGUGAGUGAUGUAGGGAGUACCACAAGGAGUGCCACUUCAUCCUUCACUGUUCAUAGAAGUAGACGCAUAUAUGGAUACCAUCUGCAUUUCAUGGCAGUCAAAAAGGUUCCAGUUUUCAGGAGCAUUUUUAUUGCAUGUGUAUGACACAGUGUGCAGUAUGUUGUAAAGUUUGUACACAUGUGUAUGUUCAUUCAAUCUGUGUUAUUUGUUGUGAAUGAUUAGUUUUGAUAACUUCAAAUACAAACCAUUUAAUCAAGCACAUGAAGGUUGACUUAGAACUGUUUUCAGUAUUUAGGGUUUCAAUUAUUUUCAAUGAUUCAGACUUUUAAUUCUGGGAAUAAGUUGUUCCCAAAUCGUUGUUCAGUAUUUGAUAUGUGAUGUUUGUUGUUAAACGUUAAGAAUCUCAGGAAAAUCAAGUUUUAAUCAGGAGAGGAACGAGUUUUUUCUUUCAUUUUAUUUUCAAAUCUCUCUAACCAUAUCAGAUCAGACUUUUAUUACAUAUUUCAUGGCAUAUUUAUUAAUUCACCUAGAUGCUAUUUGCUAUUUAAAGUACUUUUAUUUAUAAAUCUUUUGUAUCUUUUAAUUAGAAUUAAUGCAAUCAGGAUCAGGCAGGUAUUUUUUGUAGGAAGCCUACAUUUUAAAUACUAAAUUGCACUGUAAUUUGAUUUUUGAACAGUUUAUUAACUCUUGUUACAAUGUAAGGAGUUAUUCAUUAAUGCAUUACAUGUAUGUGUAUUUUUCCUGUAUAUAAAAAUUAUACAAAACUUCAAGUAAUAACAAUAAUAACAUCAAAAUUAAACUCAGCUGGAGGAAGCUGCAUCAGUUAACAAUAAACCCCCAUCAGGGUUAUUUACUGCCUAUUCGAA